UUACUGUUGGAUUGAAGAUUUGAAAAUUUCAGACUGCCGUCCCGAAGAAGAGAGCACCAAACUACUACCACUCCAAGUCUACAACCAACCACCACACCGCUGCUUCCCAAUUCCUCUUCUUAUUCACUUGGAAAAUCUCUAGUAAUUUAGGUCGCAAAUGUCGAUAGCAAGCGACACGACUUGGGUCGGAAAGAAACCUAUCCGACGCUUGGGAGGCAUGUCCGAUGCCCUCUCCAUCGCCGCCGAUCUCGGCUACUCCGUUCCCCCUCCCCCUUCUCAGGAAGAGUUUCAAAACUUAUCCACUACUGGUGAAAAGGGUGACGAUUUGAUAAGGGUUUUGAGAGAACUUACUACUGUUCAACGAAAAAUAGCUGAUUUGCAAGUGGAACUUCAAGGACGCAAGGAGGAUAAGAAUGUAGCACAUUUGACUCAUGUGAGUGAAAUGGAAAAGAAGAUUGAGACUCUUGCAAGAAUUACAACGAUAUUGAAAGAUGUCAUUCAAAAUAAGGACCGAAUCAUAGCUCGUCUUCAGCAACCAUAUUCAUUAGAUUGCAUCCCAGUGGAAGCAGAAUUCCAGAAACAAUUUUCAGAAUUACUCAUGAAGGCUGCAAGUGAUUAUGGUGCCUUGACUGCGUCUGUGGCGGAUUUUCAAUGGAGUCAAAACUUCAAGGAACCACCUACAGUAUGGGGGGAAAUGCUUCGUCCAAUUCCUGUGGCUUUAGCAUCUUGUACCCGAUUCUUCGAAGCCAUGUCAGCAAUGAGGGAAUCAUUCGCUACACUUCAAAACUUGAGAGUGGGUCAUUCAUCUUCCUUGAACACAACUCCAGCCAUGGAUUCUUCUCAAAGAACAACGUUAGGGGAUUCUGAAUGUGUGACCCCACCUCCUUGGAGGAAUGAGUCGAGCUUUGAUGAUUUAGCUCUCAGAAGCCUCAGCGGUCAAGAAGCAGAAGAUGAAAAUAGUGAAGUGGGUGACACAGCAAGUCACAGGAGAUUGUCGUGGCCUCCAGUGAAAAAGAGCUGAUUGUAGUGUGGUACUUUCUUUUGUUUAUAUAUGUGUGCGAUGUUUUCGUUAUGUAUUAAUUACUUCUGAAACAAUUUUUUGCCACUGAAUCGCAAUUCAUUUAACACCUUCCGGUUCUUAUUUAAGUGUUUAUGUUACUUGUGCUUGGGAGUGCUACAAGUUCAGCAUCUAUUUCAUGUAAA